CACUAACAUGUGAAGUGAAAGCAAGGCCUGCCGUUUGGCUUAACAAUACGUUGUUUUGUUUAUGUAUUGCACGUAGCAUUUUUAUUUGUUGCAAUUAUAGUUAUUAAGUCGCAUUUUCUCAAAUUGGCUCUUACAAGUGUUUUUGAGUGAUAAACCUGACUAUUAAUGACUUAAUCAUUCAUUUAGAAGUCAGCAAUUGGUACAUGAAAAGAACAAUGUUUUGAUUGUUUUUCCCUGUCUUGAAAAAGACAAGUGUCACUUACAAAUAGUUGGUUCUUUGAGAGGGCAGUAAUCCCUUUGGCUACAUACUCUUGUCUUUGGUUUUCUGUCCUUAUAAAGGUUUUACAUUUUAACAAAAAAUAUGAAAGAAUAUUUGAGAAAAAAUGUUUUAAUCCAAGUUACAUGCGUUAUUAAAUGUGACUUAAUUAAUUAAUACUCUCGGUGCAUGACUGAAAAUGUAUAUGCCGAAUUGACAAAGAGAAUUGUAUAUGCUUAUAAAUAUUGCUUGUCUGUUAAAUGUUUAUGCACCUCAAGGUCUUUUAACUAUGAAUUAGGAAAAUGUAAAUUUCCUUAACUUCCUAGACUAGUUCAGGUUAACUGUCAAUAUUGUUAACUAGGGAUGCACCAAUAUAACGACUGCCUAUAUUUAUCGGCCAAUUUUUGACCAAAUUAAAACCAACAGCAUAUUAUACUGAAAACAGUUAAAUGAAAAACCAAUGGUUGAUUUGAAUGAGUAGCACACUUUAUAACUCUGUGAAUUUAAAUGCACAAUCCAGAAAUAAUAAUAGCCAUAAUAUGUAGAAGGGUUGGCACUCCUAAGAACAUGUAAAAUAUUUUUUUUCUUCUUUAUCGUUCUUAUAUUAAUGCGGAAAACCUGCCAUAAGGCUGCAUGAUGAGGGAAACCAUCCAAAACGCUUUGAAACCAGCAGACUUUGACUUCUGAGAUAUCAGUAUGAUAUCCAUUAAUCCUCCAUGAUUGGUAUAAUUAAGAUUGAAAUCGCAAUAUGGCCUUGUGUGAUUACUAAACCUUAAAAGACUGCGUUUCUGCAUUCAGUGCAUCAGUCAGCGCUGUGUGAGCAAGCAGCGCCCUCUAGCGGUCUGGAUGGCAUUAGCCAUUAUCCAUUAUACCACUAUAACAUAGAAUUUAAAAGCGGGUUUUGUUCCUUUGGUUUAAACACUUUUUUCCCCCAUGAUGUUGUUGACAUUCCAAUGGAAUUGCCCAACAUAUGCAUAUUAUGAAUUUGUAUGUAAAAUGUGAGUUUUGUUGUUUUGACAUGCAAAAACAGAAGCGCACAAAUGUUUCAGAAGUACAAAAUAUAAUAUAAACAUCUUAUCAUAGUUUUUUUUUUUUUUGUAUCUUCUAUUUAUCUUUCAUUGUGGCUCUCUUAAAGUUUUGGCCUAUCAUGUGUUCAACAGAUCCAAUGUUCAAUACAAACUAUUUAUUGUUAGAACAAUGUGAAAGCUUUUGUACCUCUUUGUACAUUUUUAAAGCAUAAUCCAUAAGUAAAACAGUGAUCUGAUGACAAAAUAAGGUAAGUGGCAAAUAUGGGAAUCAGCCUAUAAGUUUUUCGUAUAAAUCGGUAUCGUAUCGGCCAAAAAUUUUCAAAUCGGUGCAUCCGUACUGUUAACUGUUAAUAUUUUAACAUUAGUGACAAUAAAGAAAAGUUUACAGUAAAAUGAACCACCAAAAUAUUUUACAUGAACUUUAUUUGUAAUGUUAAAGGAAAUCCCCAUUUGAGUAUAGUUGAAAGUGUUUGGCGUUAAUAAGCAUGCAGUGAGUAUAUUCUGUGAAAUUACUCAUUUGUAAGUUAGCUCAGUUUGGGUUUAUGACCCAUCCGUAGCAUUCCAGUAAUAUACAUCCCUUGUCUUCUCAAUCUUGUAGUCAAAACACAAUUUUGUGUUAUUUACAGUUGUAAUGAUGGUGGAGAAGGUUCAAACAAUGACUGUCACUGUCCUGAGUUGUCCUGUUGAUGUUAUCAUUAGAGUGAUUGACAGCCUCAUCCACUCAAAUUCUGUCUGGCUUACACAUGCUUCUCAGUUACAAAUCUAAAUCACUUACUUAUUCAAAUACUGUUCUGUGUUCCUCUAUUUGAAGCCAAAUUAUGCAACCAAAAUGUAAUAUUUUCAAAUUUGAAACAAUUCAAUUUGAUCAUUUAAAUUUAGUUGAUUCAACAUAUUUUAUCAACUGCCAAAUGCUAUAUGAUAUAUGUCAGGCAAAAUAGUUCCUACAGGCUAUAUGAUUUUAAACAUCUGCCCAUCUACUUUUAUGAAGAUUGCAAGCUGUCUGGGACUUUUGGAAAAUUCCCCAUUGAAUGAUAAAAUGAUAAUGUGUGUCACACGUUAUGGAAAGAUCAGAUUAAUAUUCUGCUGUUGUGUUGGUUGCACUGCGUCCUCACAUUACGUGUGCUGAGGGACGUCAGCAUCCCAGAUGGAUGAUCCAGUCACAUCCUCCUGAAGGCCCUCUGUCAGUGUGUGGUGUGGGAGGUGAUUCUGAUAUUCUGAUACAGUUUAUUGAAGGAGUGUUCAAGUGCCCAGAGGACCAGCUGCCACUGGAUUAUGCCAAAAUUUUUCCAGAUGUGGAGCUGGAACAGCAGAUUCUUGCAAUGCCCAUCCGCUGCAUACACAGUGAAGAGGGCUGCCGGUGGACUGCACAGAACAAGCUGCUCCAGGCUCAUUUGUCAGUGUGUGAGUUUAACGUGGUGUCGUGCCCGAAUCGCUGCUCUGUGAAGUUGUUGAGGCGAGAACUGCCUGAGCACUUGCAGCAUGAUUGUGUCAAGAGAAAGCUUGACUGUGACCACUGUGGCAAAGAGUUCACCGGUGAGGCAUAUGAGAGUCACCAAGGAGAUUGUCCAGAGGAAAGUGUGUACUGUGAGAAUAAAUGUGGUGAUCGUAUGAUGCGUAGACUGUUGACCCAGCACUCUGUGUCUGAAUGCCCCAAGCGCAAACUGCCCUGCAGAUACUGUAGGAAAGAGUUCCUCUAUGACACUAUUCAGCAUCAUCAGCAACAGUGUCCACGCUUUCCUGUGCAGUGUCCUAAUAGGUGCGGUACACCUGGAAUCACCCGAGAUAAUUUAAUGGCUCAUAUAAAGGAAGGCUGUAGCGCUGCAAUGGUGCUUUGCCCAUUUAAGGAGUCUGGCUGCAAACAUAGGUGCCCUAAGACUGCAGUGGGACGGCACCUUGAGGAGGCCACCCAUUCACACCUCUCUCUGCUGUGUGGUCUGGUGAACCGCCAGAGACUGGAGCUCAGGGAACUCCGGCGUGGGGUGGAAGAACUCUCUGGAAGCCGAGAUGGCACACUGCUCUGGAAGCUCACCGACUACAACCAACGACUGCAGGAGGCCAAGAGCAGGACAGAUGGGAGUUUGGAACUAUUUAGUCCCGCCUUCUAUUCCCAUAACUAUGGUUAUCGUCUUCAAGUGUCUGUCUUCCCCAAUGGAAACGGCAGUGGCGAGGGCUCAUACCUGUCAGUCUACAUUCGUGUUUUACCAGGAGAGUACGAUGGGCUGCUGGAGUGGCCUUUCCCUUACCAUGUUACAUUCUCGCUUCUGGAUCAGAGCGACCCAGCACUCACCAAACCACUGCAUGUCACAGAGAGCUUCAGCCCAGAUCCCACCUGGAAAAACUUCCAGAGGCCACGGCCUGGAGCUCUGGGAAGUGUUCGUGGAGGCUGUCUGGAUGAGAGCAUGUUGGGGUUCGGCUACCCGAAGUUCAUUGCCCAUGAGGAGAUGAAGAAGAGGAACUAUAUCAGAGACAAUGCUAUCUUCAUUAAAGCCUCUAUAGAUGUGGUCCAGAAGAUAAUAAACUGAACUGAGGUGCAAGGACCUUAUUCACAGUAGCACCAUCUUUAACUUUUGACAGGAAUAACAACAAGGCUGUAAGGGAUGCACUUACAGUCUCGUCAAUGAAUUGCACUGUUGUUUAAAUUCUUUUGGAUCGUUCUGGCAACAAAAUGUUUAAAAUAUCAGAAGAAAAAACUCCAGAAGCUUUAUACAGUGCAUUCCAUUGAAGAAACUGUAAGUCUAUUCCUCACAGUCUCGUUUUCAUUAACGUAAAUAUUGAAAUAUCGCACUACUGUGAAUAAGGUAUAUAGGCCUAGAUGUUAAAGAAUGUGAAUAUAUAUCUCUAAAUGCCCUUUUUUGUUUUACUCAAAAUGAGGAUGAAAAUCAUUGCAUCAUCUUAUUAUGUUUAAAUAUAAUCAGGGCUUUACCACAGAUGAGGGAUAUUUAGGUACUGAAGGAUAGCAUGUCUUUUACAUGUAUUUUCUCUGUAAUUCAAUUGUUUUGUAAUUAAUUAAAAAAAAUUA